AUGAUGGUAGAUAUGGUGCUUGCUGUGAGUGAUUCGUAUGAAUUUCACAAACAGAAUUUAUUAUUAAAUCCAGAGCAUUAUUCAGUGUUGAUGAGGAUUUUGGGACCGAGAGUGAUUACAUUGCUACAGGAAAAGUUUGGAGCUAGAAUUUAUUAUAAUACAAUGGUGGAUUUGGAUGAUAUUCAUACUGGUGUUAGGUCACCAUUUUUGUUUAAAUAUGGAGUUAUAAAGGCACAACAUUUAAUUAAAGAUUUGAAUAAUUGGGAAACUUUGUAUGUGUCUGGAAGAUUGCAAAAACCAACCUUUACAAUUGAUACAAUUGAUGAGAAUGUUAGAUCACUGCCAGGACAUGUGGAUACAUGGCAUCAAAAUAUCUGUCUAGCUCAGGAACACAAUUUGGAGCAUGCCUUAUUUACUGCAUUGAAAAUUAUUUUAUCUGAAAAUCAAUUGACAAAUGGAACAGAUCAAGAACAGGAUAUCAAAAUUAAUUUAUUCGAUUUAUUUGUAAUGAUUGCCUCGCUAUCCUAUCAAGGAGAUGUUAGAAUGAAAAUCAAGGGAGCAGAAAAUAAGAAUAAGGUGACUAAUAUUGUCACAACAAAUUAUGAACAUUUUAUAGAACUGUACGAACCAAUUAUGGAAAAGAGUAAAUUAUCGAUCAAAUUGGAUCCAGAUACUAAACAAAGUUAUGUGAAUAUUACCAAAUCAGAUGUGGAGAAGGUUCGUGGUAGAGAUCUACCUUUGAAUGUUCAACAACAGCUCAGUAAUCAAUCAAAGAUUACUGCUGAUAGCAUCCAACAAGCUAUUGCCAAGAUUGUUUCCUCAUCUAGUACAUCACAAACUCUGAAGGGUUUAAUUUCGGCUGGUCCUGUAAAGAGCUUUCACUAUGUUUUGGAAAAAUUGAAAAAAGGAUUAAAGAGCCACAAGUAG